UAUAUCACUUAGGCUGUAACAUUUCUUUUGUGACAUGUACAAUUUUUUUUAGUUUAUAUUGCAAAAUAUUUAAAAAAUACUCUUAUAUUUUUAGAAAUUAAAAUAAUUAUUUUAAAGAAGAAAUAGUUUGAUAAAGAAAAUGGGAACAUCUGGGGGAGAGCCUCGUGUUUUAUUAAAUGCAUUAAAGCCAAUGUUAGGAGUUGUUGGUGAUAUUCGAACACCCCAAGAAGUACUUAGAGUUGUGGGCAUGAUGAAAGAUGCAGAAAAACUCAUGAGUAGAUGUGUAUAUCUUAAUGUAUUAAAAUCCACGUGUCGACAAGCAUUAUUAAAUGAAGAGAAAAAAACCACUCUUGAUAAAUUUCUUGCAACUGGUGGAUGGGGCAUUUUAAAUAAAUGGCUACACGAAUUCACUAAAGCUGAAAACUUUCCUGUUCUUUUAGAAUUAAUUGAUGUUCUAAAAGUUAUGCCUGUCACAAUUGAUUUACUUAAGCAGGGCAAUACUGGUAAAAUUAUUAAGCAGAUGACUAAAUUAGAAAAUAUUGACGUUAAAAAAAAUGCUGGAUCAUUAAUUAAACAGUGGAAAGAAAUGAUCCGAGGUGGUCCAGAAAAGAAAACAAGUAUUGAUAACGAAAACAAUGCAGAAGCUCAACAGAAGAACAAAGAUUCACCAGAAGAAGAAAUGAGUGAAUCUGUCCAAACGAAAAGAAUUAGGGAGCUUGAAACAAAGGGACCUCCUGAAAAACGUUCAAAGAUCAAAAUUAUUGAGGCAUUGCCAAAAUUAGCAGACUCAAGUGGUUUUAUGAAUGCAUUAAAUGCUGCAGCUCCAGUUGGUAUAAAGAAAAAAAGAAAGAAUUCUUAUACUAAGACUGCUUUACCACUUGACGAAAUUUUGAAUAAUAAAAAUUCUGAUAAGAAGUUGAAGUUAGAAGCUGAAAAUCUAGUUUUGGCACCAGAAAAUCAGGACCCAGUGCAUUCCCCUGUUGAUGAUAUUCUAUCAAAUUAUAAAUCUCCAGCAGUUGAAGCAGCAAACUUGGCUUUUGCAGCAGCAACAAGUGAGCAACCUGUUCCUGAUGAAAAUUCUAUUGCACGCAAGAAAAAUAAGAAAAAAAGAAACAUUACAUGGGCUGUUGAUGAAGAUUUAGUUAAAAUAUGUUAUUUUGAACUUCAAGAGGGUGAAAGAAAAAGUCGUCAUGUCGAAAACUUUUCUGAAGCAAGACAUCUAGAGUUAAUGCUUGAAAAGCAGGCUAUGCGAUCAGCUCGACGUGGGGCAGAUGAUAAAAUGUUUGAAAUGCUGAGAUGGAGUCGUUUAAUACCUGUUGAUAAUGCUGGUGUUCCUAAUUUCAUGCCAGGAGAGAAAAGCAGAGAAAAAUUUAUUCAGGCUGAAAGAGAAAAAAGUGUCUUAGCUUUUAUAUUUCUUACAAAAGAAAGUUUACCUGACACACCUGGUGAGCCUGAUUUUGAUGCAGAAGAUCAUAGCAAUAGAUCUCAACCAAGAAUGAUACCUCAUGAUGAGGAUGGCACAAUAUUUCCUGUUACUAAGUCAUCAAAUAAAACUGAUAGUGUAAACAACUUAAGUUCAACGCCCAUAGAGCGACGAUCCUCAGAUGAUUUCAGCAAUGCAUCUACAUCCCCUUUGAGCCCUAAACAACAGACAAUAUCUUCAACUGGUGUUUCCACUGCAGUGCAAAAUAUAAUGAGCCAGCUAAUGAGAGUCAACAAUAAUCAAUUCCCUUCCACCAACGGUUCUGUGCAAAGUUCAAUGGCUCCAGUUGAUUCUAACAUGUCAAGCUCUUUACAGGGAAAGCCUGGAAUGGUACCGAAUCCAGUUUUUCGUCAUCCACUUGCUAAGAAUCACUAUGAUAUUGGUAACAAUGGCAUGGAAAACAUUCGUCCGCCCUUAAUGCAACCGCCUGAAAUGCGAGGUGGUCAGAUGGGGGGUCCACGAUUUCGUGGUCCUAGUUCACAAAUGCAUAGAGGUGGCUUUAAUAUGCGCAAUGGACCUCCAUUAAUGAGGCCUCGAUGGGACGGACCUCCAAUGGAACAAGAUUGGGACAAUUUCAACCAUCAUCCAGAUCAAUUUCAUAAUAACUUUCAAAAUGGACCUUUUAAUGAAUUUAAUAAUCAAAACAAUGGCGGUUUCGAAAAUAAUCAUCGCGGUCGCGGUAGAGGGUUUCGUCCUACAGGUGGAAGAGGCCGUGGGCAUAAUGAUAGGCCUAAUGGAGAACGUGAUUGGAAUCAAGGUCCUCCUCGCGGUAGGAGACCAAAUGAAAAUUUUGUUUUUGACGGUCCUCGUGAUCGUCGAAUUGAUGUUCAGCGUAAUCGUAGGGACGAAAAUGACAAUAGAGAAGAUGAUCGGAACUUCGAGCGAAAUAGACAAGUGAAAAAAGCCGUUUGUCAGCAUUUUCAAACACCUCGUGGAUGUCGGCUUGGUGAUCGGUGUAGUUUUAUGCACUUGCAAAGAUAAAUCUGUUUUUUGAUUGACCUUCAAAUUUAUUUAGAAGAUAUUUUACGUGGUGUUUUUGUAAAAACAAAUUAUGUUUCUUUAAUUUUCUUUUUCUUGAAAAAUUUUUUAGAUAAGUUG